AUGGGUGAUGAACGAGUUGAUGAGUUGCAUAGUGAUGAACCUUUGGAGCAUGAAUUAACAGACAAUGAUGAAAUGCAUGAGGAUGACGAUGAUGAUGUGGAUAGUGCACCUAGUGCACCCGUUGAAGAUCAAAGUGUUAAUCAUCAUUUUACAUUGAUUCCAUACUUAGAUCACACUGAAGAAAGUGUAGAAGAUUUUAUCUAUACAAGAGAUGAUGGUUCUAUCCGAACGACACUUUGGAAUCCAAACAAUCCUAAAUAUAUCCAGUCAGGUAUGCUAUUUAUGAAUAAGAAGCAAAUGAAAUUUGUCGUAAGAGCAUAG